AAGCCCCACAGCCAACUGUGGCUCUGUCUGCUUGAUCUUCCUUCAGGUCCCACCAAGGGGUAAAGGAUGCCGCUCUGGGUGUUCUUCGUGAUCCUCACCCUCAUCAGUGGCUCCCACUGCUCAGUCCCCCCCUCACUGCCCAUCAGGAUGCGGCGCCAUAUAGAUGCCAUCUUCACCACCCACUACAGGAAAUUACUGGCCAAGCAGUAUGCCCGCAAAAUGCUCCAGGACAUCAUGAACAGGCAGCAAGGGGAGAGAAAUGAGGGACAAGGCACCAGGGUCAGCCGUCAGGUCAGCAUGCAGGAAAAUGACAAGUGGAUGUCACUGGAUAGCAUCUUGGUAGGAUUCUUAAGGAUGAAGUCUUCAGCAGAGGCUUGA